AAUUAUUCUUUGACAGCCAUGCCAUAGAAAUGUAAGCUACAGAGCUACCGCAAAAUGGAAGUUCAAAGACAAUAUUAUAAAGAUGGCGGCGCGCUUGUUUCUCUGGCGCGUAAGGUCUAAUUGCGCGAGACGACUUCACAUUUUUGUAAAAAUAAAUAAAUAAAAAUAAAUAAAUAAAUAAAUAAACUUAAAAUCACCAUUAAAACAAGUGUCCAGGCAUUUUAAAUAAACAGAAUUGCUUAGUCACAUUUUACAUUAUAAUAUUACAAAAUGUUAAAUGUAGCCUACUACAUUUAGCCAAACAGCAAAUGAACUGAUAUGGAUCUAUAAAGCAAACGAUAAACGUAAAAAUAAAAUAAAGAGUAUAAAAUAAAAAAAAAAAAUAAAAAAGAGUUUAAUCAUUUCAGGUUGUCUUUUGGUUUAGUGGCAUUCCAUUUCAAAUGGCCAGCCAGUAUUUGAAUGGGACAGUCAGUGUUGCUGUUGGAUAUCUCACGUCACAUUUCUCCUCAACCUCCGCGAGCUGCAUGCUUGCUCACUUUCAGUUUGCGCUUUGCAACUUCGCGAGAGUCUCUGCUUGUCCGCUCGCGAAAUGUGAACUAUAGACCCAAGAUAAUAAUGCCUUAAUGUAAAUAUUACUCGAUGUUUGACCGGAUCUUAGUUUUACUUCGGGAAAUGGGAGUUUUGUUAUAUAUCGCUGCGCGUGCUGUUUGGAGAUACAGAGAACAUCACCUCUAUCACUGUCAGUCUGAGUGAAUGACCUACGGACACACGAUCAUAUGGAUGUUGUUGGACAGACCAAAGAUUAGCCAUUGUGUGACCUUCAUAGAUGGAGUUGACCAUUUCAUACUGCUGAAAAAAACCCUGACCCUACAUGAGACCUCUCCAAGGUGAUCAUUUCACAAGGAUUAAUGGCAUGUUCUCUUGUGGUCAUGUCUUUGACCUCUGAGCCCUCCGAGAGGUUGAAACACUAGCCAUGAAAUGUGGUAGAGGCAUGUGACACAUCAGGCCCACCAUGCUAGACCGGAGUGGGCUACAGUGUUACUGUCACUAUACAAUACAUGAAAGCAAAACGGAAACAUUCUGACUUUCUAAUCUCAUUUUUAAACAUGGCUUGAGUUUGGACCUUAGAAACCUCAGCCAAUUUUAAUGAUUAUAUAAGUCUCUGAAGCGAAGCGAAGAGACCAUGUGUAACAUCUCAACUUCGUGCAAUGUUGACUCGAACAUAGACCAGUUCUUCCAGCCGGCGCUGUAUAUUAUCGUCAUCGUCCUUGGCUUCCCCACCAACUGCAUGGCCCUGUGGGCCGCGUACAUGCAGGUCAGGCAGAAGAACGAGCUGGGGAUCUACUUGAUGAACCUCUCGGUGGCUGACCUCUUGUAUAUAGCCACUUUGCCACUUUGGAUCGACUAUUUCGUUCACCAUGACAACUGGAUCCACGGUCAAGUGUCCUGCAAGCUCUUCGGUUUCAUCUUCUACACCAACAUCUACGUCAGUAUCGCCUUCCUCUGCUGCAUAUCUGUGGAUCGUUACUUGGCGGUGGCUCAUCCCUUGAAAUUCGCUAAAGUCCGCAGGGUCAAAACAGCCUUAUUGGUCAGCGCCGUUGUAUGGAUAACCGAAAUAGUGGCUAACUCUGCGCCUCUCUUCCAUGAUGAACUUUUCAAGGACCGCUUCAACCACACCUUCUGCUUCGAGAAGUAUCCCAUGCAAGACUGGGUGGCUGGAAUGAACCUUUACCGCAUUUUCCUCGGCUUCUUGGCGCCUUGGGGUGUGAUGCUGGCCGCGUACAGAGGGAUCCUGAGAGCCGUGCGCGGUAACGUCUCCACCGAGCGACAGGAGAAGGCUAAAAUCAAGAGGCUGGCCCUCAGUUUGAUCCUCAUCGUCCUCCUCUGCUUCGCUCCCUACCACGUCCUCUUGUUGUGGCGCAGCGUGCUCUUCCUCAGCAACCCCUGCGACUGUGGCGCAGAGGAGAACUUGUUUGGUGCUUAUCACGUGACUCUGGCGCUCACCAGCCUCAAUUGCGUGGCGGACCCAAUCCUCUACUGCUUCGUCAAUGAAGGGGCCCGUCAUGACGUGGGCCGGGCCCUGGCCAACCUCUUGGGUCUCUUCCAGCGGGGUCAAAGCCCAGAGGCGCUUAUGGGGGCAUCCAUCACCGUAGAGACGCCCCUGGCCAUGAAGAAGCCCGAUUUCUACAGUGAUGUUAAAACGAAUUCCUAUAAAACUGACAUUGAAGUACUCAAAGACGAGUGCCUUCAAAUGACCAUUCUCAGUGUUAAAAAUGAAGUUAAAUGUCAGUUGUAAAUGUAAAUGUCAAUAGCAAAAUAUUAAAUCAAGUGCAAUUUUAAAGCCCAAAGAAUACUUCAGUUUUGACAAAGCGUAGCGUAUGUGUACAGCCGGACGUCUUUCAAAGUGUACUGCAUUUGAUGAUGUACAAACAGACUACACAUGUGCACUAGAAAGUUUCAUCUUUGUCCAGUGUCUCUGCUAUUUCUCUCCAGAAGUUAUGACUGAUAAAAAUGUCUUUUAAAAAAUUGUUUAUUGCAUGUAUCCCUUAAACGCCUCACACAAGCUCUUGUCAAUGUGGUCGUACAUUGUUGUUGUCGUCUCCAGUAGUUUGUUGUUCUGUCUCAUCUCUUUCUUUUUCGACUGUGAAACAAAGGGGCCGGGGUAGUGUCGCCAUCUUGUGGACAAACGAAUUACUGCAAAAAAAUUCAAGAUGUAUGUUCAAGCUGCACGUACAGAGUUCACGUUCUGCGUGUAUAUGCACAUGCUAUGCUGAUGAUUAAAUUUACGUCACGCACACUGUACACAUACCCUGGUGUAUGCGUAAAAACCGAAGUAUACUUUUGGGUUAACCAACAGGUUCUGUGGAGCAUAAAAGAAGGUACUUUGUAUAAUGUCUCUGAGUUUUGUUUUAUUUUUUUGUCCAUACAAUAAAAAUAAAUAGGGUCCAACGGUGAUGUUUUGGACCCCAUUUACUUUCAUUACAAAAACAAACCAUACAAAAACAAAAUUUCAUAGACAAAAACAUUUGGCACAUUGCUUAAACUAUCUUCUUUUGUGUUUCACACAAGUAAAACAACAUGAGGGUGAUUAAAUGAUGACAGAAUUUUCAUUUUUGGGCAAACUAUCCCUUUAAGUGUAAAUACUUUUUGGGCUGCUGUACAUGAAGGUGCACUUUCUGAAGAUAGCUAUACCAACACCUAUGCUUACCUCAAGUUUUACCCAGAAACACUGUCUAUAAUGAGGAUUACUUGAAGUCAGCGAAGUGUUGAUGUCAGAAUCCCUUCUCUUGAAUGUUUUAUAUAUGCCUGUCAUUUCUGUCUGUUCUUAUAGAGUUUGCAGGAAAUAUACUCUACUAUCCCUAAUUUGAUGUUAUUGGUCAUUUUAAGUCCAAUAAUGUCACAGACAACACAAAUACCGGCAGGGCUGUUUUAUGUGACAUGUCUUAAUAUGCAUCUUAAUACACUGUAUAAAGUCUUAACAAGAUUCUUUAACAAAACCCUGUCUGGAGGAGCAUGUUUCUCAGCCAUCUCUUGUUUGGCAUACUUUAUGUACGGUGGCCCACAGAUACCCAAAAUGGAAACAGUUUCCAAACAAUUGGCUUUGCUGUUGUUUACAUUUUUUCUUCAUUAGGUUUCCAGGUGCCCUGUUUCAGCCUACCAAACUGUAAGUCCUGAAUGUCAGCAGUGAGAAAGUGCAAUGUAAUGGAUUUGCUGUUAUGCCAAAAUAAAACACGUCAGUUAUUCUUUUGU